GUGGCCGGCGUCGCGCAAGAGAGAGAGAGAGAGGCGAGCGGGGGCGUCGUGCAAGAGAGAGAGAGAUCGGGGGCGAGUGGGGAGCGAGUGGUCGGUGGCGUCGGGCGAGGAAGAGGGGAACGUGUCGGCGGAGGGGUAGAAUGGGAAACUCGGGGAAAAUCGUAGCCUACGAAAGUUGGACGCGUGCGGCGAUUCAGGGCGGGAUCGAGCGGCCAGGAGCCGCCCGCUCGUUCCGUCUAAAUGGUGCGCGUGCACUUUUUAGAUUUUAGGUAAAAAAAAGGGGGAACUCUUACGAUCACCCGGCGGAUCGCAGCUUCUAUGUCCGGCACCUCCCCUGCCUUACACAUGUCUUAGUGAGAGCCCACAUACCGUCUUUGUAAAACGCGCUUCUACAACAGGAGCUAUGUUUCUGAAACAUAUGUAGUGUUGCAAUGGUCUAUGAUAGGUCUUUUUUUAAACGAAAUUUGUCUUGCGAUUUUUUUCUGCAACAAGACCUCGGUUGCAAAAAAUGCAACACGACCUGCAGAAAUAAUUCUGCAACAAGACCGGUGUUGCAAUAAUGAAGGCACGUUUGAGCGCUCGAUGCGACACAGAUCUGAUCAGCCGGCGGACGCGUAGCGCAUCCAAAAAAAAGAUACGUGACAGCCAAAUAUGAUAGACAUCAUGGAUUCCUCGCGCGAUCAUUAUGGCCCGCGGUAAUCUGCCGCCAUUUUCAGCCGUUGACCGUGCCGGAUACGAACUCCCCUCCGAGUCGGCGUCGGCGGCUGAUCCGCCGGCCUUUAUGUACAGAAGAAGAAGCAGCAUCGAAUCCUCCCUCCCGUCUCCGUGCCGCCAUGAAGCGAACGUUGGACGCCGCGGAGCCGAGCCCGGUGUUCCUCUCCCGCGAAAAACGCCAGCGCCUCGCCCUCGAGCGCCGCCAGGCCGCCGUCGCCGACCAGCGUCGCUCCGAGCUCCCCACUCCGCCGCCUCCCCCUCACGAUCCCCCCUUUUCGUGCCGACAUUACCCGGACCGGCACCGUGACCGCCGCGGCAGAGAUCAGGACAGGGACGGCAGGGAGAAAGAUCGGGCGGAGAGGGCGCGGGAGAAGGAGCUCGAGGCGAUCAGGGAGCAGUACCUCGGGGGGUCCAAGGACAAGAAGCCCAAGACGGUCGCCAAGCCGCGGGACAGGUUCCGCUUCGACUGGGCGAGCACGGACGACACCAGCCGCGUCGACGCCGUCAACAACCAGCCUCCGCACGGCGCCCUGCUGCUCUACGGCCGCGGCUUCCUCGCCGGCAUCGACCGGCGCGAGCAGAAGAAGGCCGCAGCGGCCGCGCUCCACAAGGACGCCGCGGCGACGUACGACGCCCUGGACAUGCGCGUGGACAGGCACUGGACGGACAAGCGCGCCGAGGAGAUGACGGAGCGCGACUGGCGGAUCCUCCGCGAGGACUUCGGCAUCUCCUACAGGGGCUCCCGCGUGCCACGGCCCAUGCGGAGCUGGGCGGAGAGCGGGCUCGGCGCCGAGCUGCUCCGCAACGUCGACAGGGCCGGGUACAGAAAGCCCACGCCGAUCCAGAUGGCCGCCGUGCCGCUCGGCCUCCAGCGUCGCGAUGUCAUCGGCGUUGCUCAGACUGGCUCAGGCAAGACCGCUGCCUUCGUGCUCCCCAUGCUGGCAUACAUCGCCCGCAUGCCGCUGCCGACCAGCCACAGCGAGGCGGACGAGGGCCCGUACGCGCUUGUCCUGGCGCCGACCCGGGAGCUCGCGCAGCAGAUCGAGAGGGAGACGGUGAAGCUUGCGGCGUGCCUAGGCAUCAGGGUGGUGUCCAUUGUCGGUGGCAAGUCGGACGGCCAGUCGACCAUCCAGAAGCAGGCCAGCAUGCUCGAGCGGGGGUGCGAGGUCAUCGUCGCGACGCCCGGCCGGCUCCUCGACUGCCUGGAGAGCAGGUACGCCGUGCUCAACCGGUGUAGCUACGUCGUGCUCGACGAGGCCGACAGGAUGAUCGACAUGGGCUUCGAGCCCCAGGUUGUCGGUGUGCUCGACGCAAUGCCGUCGAGCCACCUGAAGCCAGAGAACGCGGACGAGGAACUGGAUGAGGCGAGGACUUACAGGACGACCCACAUGUUUAGCGCCACCAUGCCGCCGGCCGUGGAGCGGCUCGCCAGGAAGUACCUCCGGAACCCGGUGGUCGUCACGGUCGGCUCUGCCGGCAAGGCCGCGGACCUCGUCACCCAGAACGUGGUCAUGGUGAAGGUCCAAGAAAAGAUGCCACGGCUCAAGAGGAUACUCGCCGACCUCGGGAAGGACAGGACGGCCAUUGUGUUCUGCAACACCAAGAAUUCCGUGGAGAAGCUCACCCAUGACGUGGAAAACGCAGGGUUGUGCCGGGUCACGGCGCUGCACGGAGGGAAGUCGCAGGACGAGAGGAUGGCCAGCCUCGACGGGUUCAGGAAGGGCAGGUUCAACGUCCUCGUGGCCACUGACCUUGCCGCCCGCGGCAUCGAUGUCCCGGAGGUCGCCCAUGUGAUCAACUACGAGAUGCCUAGCUCGAUCGAUCUGUACACGCAUCGUAUCGGGAGAACCGGGCGUGCAGGAAAGAAGGGGCUCUCGACAUCGUUUUUGACUCUGGAGGACACUGACAUUUUCUUCGAUCUUAGGCAGAUGCUUGUGCAGAGCAAUAGUCCCGUGCCGCCGGAGCUUGCCAGGCAUGAGACGUCCAAGUUCAAGCCAGGGUCUCUUCCUGGUAGACCUCCGAGAAGAAAUGGCACCGUCCAUGCAUACCACUGACGGAUGAGAUUACCCGCGCGAAAGGAACCGAAGGUGCUUCGCCGUAAUGAGAUUGAAUUUCUGCUAGAAUGUGAGGGGGUUCAUCUGAUGUAUAUGAUCUUCAUUCCGGUCAACAUUAUAUUGUAGUCCUAUGAGAGGAGGAGACGACGCCCAUGGCCGCCGCCAGAUAUACGCAAGAACUCGGGUGAGGACUGAGGAGUACCCCUCCACAAAUUUCGAUCCAAUUUUUUUUUUGUUGCGCUCAGUUUGUGGGAGUACGCACUACUGCUGGUGAUUUACUGAUUUCAGCAGAGACGGUAAUGGUGCUGGCUUCCGGCCGCAUCUUCCUCUACUCUGAAUUUUUGGACAA